CCAAGGAGGAUGAUGCUCUUAAACGGUAACGUUACGGCAACCAUCUUCAUGCUCCGUUGAGACCCGAACAUUGAAUAUUUGGACAAAGAAAAGAGCAUCCAUAGCCAUGGCGUUAUUAUGUUUUUCUGCACUUGCAGCUGACGCUAUACAAAACUUUUAGUCGAAAAUGGUAGAGAGAUUCUUCUCGGUGAGGCAAGUAGAGCUCCUCGACCACAACCACUCCGACCCAAUUAUGCUUCUCUCCGGCCCUCCUUCCUGCGGAAAGACCUCGUUGCUAUUCCAGUUCGCAUUCAACUCCGCGGCAGGUAGCAACCAUGAAGUGGUGUUCAUAUGCAACAGGCGCAAGCUAGAAAGCAAACCUCCAUAUUUCUCUCCGGGAAUCGAUCCGUCCUCGGACACCUUUCAGCGUAUACAAAUGAAAUAUGUGGAUGAAGAUGAAGGCAUUAAAAAUUACUUUGCCGCAUUCCACCUGCAUGAUACAUUUCCUGCAGCAGUUGUUAUUGACGAUUUUGGAGACUUCUUCGAGGAAAGGAGCUGCCAGGAGAAAUAUAAUAAUCCUCGUGGAAGAGACUUGGCGAUGGUUCGGACUCUAGCUUUAUGUCACAAUGCAAUUGCUCAUGCAAAUAAGACGGGUCCUUGCAAGCUUCUCUUGUCCGACACACACCAUGGAGACUCUCCAAGGUUGCUCUUUAUCUAUAAGAGAUGGGUUCCAGCCAUUUUCACUAUUAAAGGUGAUGGCUUGGGAUCGUUUGUUCUGAAAAGCAACAGUAGUUCGGUAACUGGUAGCUCUGCGAGGAUGAGAACUGCAAAGUACUCCAUAGCUCUGCAGCAUCUGACAUUGGAGGGGAUAACUGAAAACAGUGACCAGUAAUGUUGUUUCUAGAUUGUCUAUGGAAAUAGAAUCCUAAUAUUACUCUGCUGAUUGAACUGAAGUAUGCGAUUAUACCAUGUUGCUAUCAGUUUCGAACUCUUCUUUCACAAUUUAAGUUCUAGUCCUGGAUAAACACUAAAAAGACUUUAGAAUGUUUUCUUCCAGAAAUGAAAUGAAUUUCAUUGUUUCAAAUUGCUAA